UUAGUUGGAACAGACUGUGUUAACCAACGUAGAGGUUGUGUAUACUUGAGAUAAGUUCUUCAGAAGAACGUAUCGUUAUUUUUCUAAUAAUCGCUAGAAGUUCACAGAAUUAAUGGCAUUGAAUUAAACCGGUCGCUCGUGCGUGUAUGGCACACAGGUCUUGGCUCGUGGAUUCCUAUACGCGACUCGCGAUCGGCUGAGCGUUCGUCGAAAACAUGAGAGAUUUAGGUGACAGACGACUCGCCGUGAUAAUGUGAUAAGAAAUGCAUUGGAACUUUAUUCGCCAAGAAAAUUCAACCAGUCAUGACAAUCACGAAAACGUUGUGCCGUAAUGGGAAAUUCGUGUGAUGUCAGAUAGAUAUCAUUGCGAAAAGGUUUCUAGAAUUAAUGUUGUAAAAUCGGCGUCUGUAAAGUUUUAACGAUGUCGAGUACGCUCGUACAACAGUUCGUCCAGAGGCUCAAAUCAAGACAUGAAGAGGCACGUAAUAAAGCGGCUAGGGACCUGUGUCUCUACGUCAAGACGGAACUGCGGGAGGUGUCGCAGGAAGAGAUCACUGCUUUUAUGGACGAAUUCAAUCACCAUAUAUUCGAGAUGGUGUCAGGAUCCGACGUGAACGAGAAGAAGGGAGGAAUCUUAGCCAUAGUUUGCCUUAUCGGAGCUGACGUGGGAAACAUCAACACGAGGACGAUAAGAUUCGCGAAUUACUUGAGGAAUUUAUUGCCCUCGAACGAUGUGGGCGUUAUGGAAUUAGCUGCUAAAACAGUUGGUAAACUGGCGUUAGUUUCUGGUACUUACACGGCGGAGUACGUAGAGUUCGAAGUGAAGCGUGCCUUCGAAUGGCUCGGUGGCGACAGACACGAAGGAAAAAGGCACGCGGCUGUUCUCGUCUUGAGAGAACUGGCCGUUUCUAUGCCUACAUAUUUUUUUCAACAAGUCACACCGUUCUUCGAACUUAUAUUUAAUGCUAUACGCGAUCCAAAGCCUGUGAUAAGAGAAGGUGCCGUAGAAGCGUUGAGGGCUGCUUUAGUCGUGACUGCGCAGAGAGAAACGGCGAAACAGAUGCUCAAGUCGCAAUGGUAUAAACAGUGUUACGACGAGAUAGUGGAGGGUUUCGAGGAGGGGUACACCAGAGAGAAGGGAGUGAACCGGGACGAUAGAAUACACGGUUCGUUGUUAAUAUUAAACGAAUUACUUAGAUGCAGCAAUAUUCAGUGGGAGAGAAACUACGAAGCUCUGAUGGAACGGUUGAACUGUUCCACUCAACAAAACGAGAACGAUAUAUUAUCGUUGAUGCCCCGAUUGAAGACGACGAUAGUAUCCAAAUGGUCGGUCUCCUCUCAAAACUCCUCGAGCUCGCAGCAAACGUUAUAUCCAGCGCACGAGUCCGCUGUCUGCCGCUGUUUGAUGCAGGAGAGAUUAGACGAUAUCUAUUUCGACGUGAUGAAUCAGAGGAAGUCCAGGAACCCGCACAUCCAACAUGCUCUGAUGAUGCUAUUGCCUAGACUCGCGGCGUUUAAUAAAGAGAAAUUCACGAAGGAGCCUUUAAGCGAGUCGCUGGUCUACCUUCUGAUGACUUUACGCAGUAGAGAGAAAGACAGAUACGCCGCGUUCACCACGAUAGGAUUUAUAGCAGUCGCAGUGGGGGAUGCGAUAAACCCUUUCCUCCCGAUGAUCAUGGGAGUGAUCAAGAGCCUGCUACCUUCCAAGGAAACGUCUACGAAGAAACGCGGAGCAUCUUUGGAGCCCGCGGUGUUCGUCUGCAUAACUCUGCUUGGUCACGCGGUAAAACAAGUUAUAGCCGCGGAUGUGAAGGACCUGUUAGAACCGAUGCUCCAAACUGGAUUGAGCCCUAUUCUAACGAUGUCUCUCAGGGAGCUGGCUCACAGCGUCCCAUCGUUGAAACCCGACAUAUCUCAAGGGCUUUUGCGAAUGAUGUCGCAAGUUUUGAUGCAGAAACCGCUGAGGCACCCCGGCGCUCCGUGGACCGCGACCAGUCCCAUGUCUGGCCCGCCGACCGAAGUGGACAUCCCGUCUACGGUCCUAGCGUUGAAGACUCUCGGAACGUUCAAUUUCGACGGUAACCCUCUGUUGCAAUUCGUGAGGCGGUGCGCCGAUCAUUUCCUCACGUCCGAACAAGCCGAGGUACGACUGGAGGCUGUGAGAACGUGUUCGAGAUUGUUACGAUUAGCGUUGAACCAACCCGGGCCUACGGUCACUAACACGGUGUCUACCGUUCUUGGGAAAUUGCUUGUUGUAGGCAUAACGGACACAGAUCCCGACGUCAGGCUCUGGGUUCUAGCUUCCAUGGACGAUUCGUUCGACAUCCACCUAGCGCAAGCGGAGAAUCUGUCGGCGCUGUUCAUCGCGAUGAACGACGAGAUGUUCGAGAUCAGAGAAUUAGCGAUCCGAACGAUCGGACGAUUGAGCACGAUGAAUCCGGCGUACGUGAUGCCCUCCCUUCGGAAAACGCUUAUACAAUUUUUAACGGAGCUGGAACACUCGGGCAUGGGUCGUAACAAGGAACAGGCCGCGCGGAUGUUGGACCAUCUGGUCGUCAGCGCGCCUAGAUUGAUUCGACCGUACAUGGAGCCGAUCUUGAAAGUUCUCGUGCCGAAAUUGAAGGAAGCCGAGUCGAACCCAGGCGUGAUAUUAGCCAUACUGCGAGCUAUCGGCGACUUGGCCGAGGUCAACGGUGCUGAGAUGCAGCAGUGGAUGCCUGAGCUUCUCAGUAUAUUGCUCGAGAUGCUGGUCGACGCGAGCUCCCCGGAGAAGAGAGGAGUGGCCUUAUGGGUUCUCGGUCAAUUAGUCGGUAGCACGGGGCACGUGGUAAAACCGUACAUGCAGUAUCCUUCGUUGCUGGACGUGCUGAUCAAUUUUUUGAAAACUGAGCAACAACCAAUCAUCAGGAGGGAGACUAUAAGGGUUCUCGGACUGCUAGGUGCCUUGGAUCCGUACAAACACAAGAUGAACCUGGGUCAGAUCGAUUCUCAAUUGGACACCCUGACUUCCAUGGCAGACACCAAAAGCGAAACCGAGAAUACCCAGGAUUUAACCACGAGCGAGAUGCUGGUGAACAUGUCCUCGUCGACGUUGGAAGAGUAUUACCCGGCCAUUGCGAUCGCGACGCUCAUGAGGAUAAUCCGCGAUCCGACGUUGUCGCAACAUCACACCAUGGUGGUUCAAGCGGUGACGUUCAUAUUUAAGAGCUUAGGGAUCAAAUGCGUGCCGUACAUCUCGCAGGUGAUGCCCUGUUUCCUGAACGUAGUGCGCACGGCGGACGUGAACUUUCGCGAGUACUUGUUCCAGCAGCUGGCCAUUCUGAUCGCGAUCGUGAAGCAGCACAUCAGGAAUUACUUAGACGACAUAUUUAAUUUGAUCAAGGAAUUCUGGACGGUGAACAGUCCGUUGCAGAGCACGUUGAUACUGUUGGUCGAGCAUAUCGCCGUCGCGCUCGGCGCGGAAUUCAAGAUUUACCUUCCGCAGUUGAUGCCGCAGAUAUUGAGGGUGUUGAUGCACGACACGAGCAAAGACCGAUCGGUCACUGUAAAGCUUCUCCAGGCGUUGCAGAAGUUCGGCAACAAUCUGGACAAUUACCUUCACCUGGUCCUUCCGCCGAUCGUGAAACUGUUCCACGCGACCGAUUGCCCGAUAACCGUGAACAAGGUGGCCCUAGAGACCGUCGACCAUCUGGCCGAUACGUUGGACUUCACCGAUUUCGCGUCGAGAAUCGUCCACCCGUUGGUACGAACGCUGGAUCAGUGUCCAGAACUGCGUAACAUGGCGAUGGACACGCUCUGCGCGCUGGUCAUACAAUUAGGGAAAAAAUAUCAGAUCUUUAUCUUAUUAGUACAAAAAGUUAUGACGAAGCAUAAGAUUGUUAAUUCGCAUUACGACGUUCUAAUCGAUAAAAUUUUGACAGAGACCACCGUCGCUGACGGCGAAGACUAUCUGUUAAUGAGACACCGACACUCGAGGAACAAGAACCGCGAUUUGUCCCUUACUUCGUCGGACACGACCACGAUUAAACGAUUACACGUGUCGGCUUCGAAUCUUCAGAAAGCUUGGACGGCUACGAGGAGAGUCUCGAAGGACGACUGGCUGGAAUGGUUGAGGAGCUUGUCGAUCGGUUUGCUGAAAGAAUCCCCGUCUCCCGCGUUGAGAUCCUGCUGGGCACUGGCGCAAACUUAUUCCCAAUUGCCCAGAGACUUAUUCAACGCCGCGUUCGUCUCUUGCUGGACCGAACUAGACGAUACUUACAAAACGGAGCUUAUUCAGACGUUACAACAGGCGCUGAUGGUCCCCGAUCUACCAGAGAUAACGCAGACGAUUUUGAACUUGGCCGAGUUCAUGGAGCACUGCGACAAAGGCCCGUUGCCUUUGGACAACAAGAUCUUAGGCGAGAGGGCGAUGCACUGCAGAGCUUAUGCGAAAGCGCUGCAUUACAAGGAGGACGAAUUCCAUAAGAGUCGGAACAGCAACGUGUUCGAGUCGUUGAUCUCUAUCAACAACAAACUUCAGCAGAAGGAGGCUGCGGAAGGUUUACUCGAAUACGUUAUGAACCAGAGUAAUCAGCAGGAUUUGAAGGUGCAAGUUCGAUGGUACGAGAAGCUGCAUAACUGGGACAAAGCUUUGCAGUUGUAUAGAGAAAGACUGGAAGGCAACUCGACGGACGUGGAAUCGACCUUAGGGGAGAUGCGUUGCUUGGAAGCUCUCGGAGAAUGGGGACAGCUGCACGACGUGGCCACCAAGCAGUGGUCGCAACAAGCGGACGAGACGAAACAGAGAAUGGCCAGGAUGGCAGCGGCUGCGGCAUGGGGUUUGAGCCAGUGGGAGAGCAUGGAGAAAUACGUUUCCCUGAUACCGAAAGAUACUCAAGACGGUGCUUUUUACAGAGCCGUUCUGGCGAUCCACGACGAACAGUACAACGUCGCUCAUCAAUUGAUCGACAGUGCGAGAGAUUUGUUGGACACCGAACUGACCGCGAUGGCCGGUGAAAGCUAUCAGAGGGCUUACAACGCAAUGGUGGAGGUGCAGAAGUUGGCCGAGUUGGAGGAAGUGAUACAGUUCAAAUUGGUGCCGGAAAGAAGGACCACGAUUAAGUCGAUGUGGUGGGAGAGGCUUCAGGGUGGGCAAAGGAUAGUCGAGGAUUGGCAGAGGAUCAUACAAGUUCACACGCUCGUGGUCUCGCCUCAGGACGAUAUGUACACGUGGCUUAAGUACGGUAGCCUCUGUAGAAAGAACGGUAGCCUCAUGUUAUGUCACAAAACGUUGGUCAUGCUGCUUGGAACCGAUCCGUCGUUGACACCAGACCAACCGCUGCCGACUACUCAUCCCCAGGUGACUUUUGCCUACUGCAAGCACAUGUGGAUGGCGAACAAGCGCGAGGAAGCGUACAGCCAGCUGCAGAGAUUCGUGCAAACCUCUUUGCAACCGACGACUGUGUCGGUGGUCAAUGGUCAGGAAGACGAGAAGCAACAGGAAGCGAAAAAGAGGCUGCUCGCCAAGUGUUACUUAAAGCUCGGAGAAUGGUUGGAAGCUUUACAAGGCAUUAACGAACAUUCUAUACCGGCGGUGUUGUCCUAUUAUGCUGCAGCCACGGAACACGAUCCCACUUGGUACAAAGCGUGGCACGCCUUCGCGUACACCAACUAUGAAACAGUUUUAUUUUACAAGCAUCAGCAGGGCGAUUCGAACGCCGACAGUACGCCCGCCAAUGGGAAUCGAAGCAAUCUCUCCAGCUCUCAAUAUAUAUCCCGAUUCACCGUGCCAGCGGUCGAGGGAUUCUUUAGAUCUAUCAGUCUCUCUGACGGCAAUUCCUUACAAGACACGCUUCGUUUGUUGACGUUAUGGUUCGACUAUGGUCAAUGGCCCGAGGUGUACGAGGCUAUCGCAGAAGGUAUUCGGAUGAUAAAGAUCAACACCUGGCUGCAAGUGAUCCCUCAGCUUAUAGCGCGAAUCGACACGCCCAGGGCUUUGGUCGGUCGAUGCAUACAUCAUCUUUUGAUAGACAUCGGGAAGACCCAUCCCCAAGCGUUGGUCUACCCAUUGACCGUCGCGUCGAAGAGCGCCAGCCUUGCCAGGAAGACCGCUGCCAAUAAGAUCUUGAAAAGUAUGUGCGAGCACAGCCCGACUCUGGUGCAACAGGCGAUAAUGGCCAGCGACGAACUGAUCCGAGUCGCGAUUCUCUGGCACGAAUUGUGGCACGAGGGCCUGGAGGAAGCCAGUCGGUUGUAUUUCGGCGAGAGGAACGUUCGGGGGAUGUUCGACACGCUGGAACCACUGCACGCGAUGUUGGAGAGAGGUCCGCAGACUUUGAAGGAGACCUCGUUCAACCAGGCUUACGGGAGGGACUUGAUGGAGGCGCAAGAAUGGUGUCGCAGGUAUAAGACCUCGCGCAACGUCCGCGACUUGAACCAGGCCUGGGAUCUGUACUACCACGUGUUCAGAAGGAUAUCCCGACAAUUGCCACAGCUGACCAGCUUGGAGCUGCAGUACGUCAGCCCGAAGUUGCUACUCUGCAGAGAUUUAGAACUGGCCGUGCCGGGAAGCUACAGUCCUGGCCAGCCUAUAGUUAGGAUAGCUAGUAUACAUAGUUCCAUGCAAGUGAUAACGAGCAAACAGCGACCGCGAAAAUUGUGUAUAAAGGGCAGCAACGGUAAGGAUUACAUGUUCCUGCUAAAAGGGCACGAAGAUCUCAGACAAGAUGAACGAGUGAUGCAAUUAUUUGGUCUAGUCAAUACUCUGCUUUUGCACGACCCAGACACUUUCAGAAGAAAUCUUACGAUCCAAAGGUAUGCUGUGAUUCCACUGUCUACGAACAGUGGCCUCAUCGGCUGGGUACCACAUUGUGACACGUUACACACGUUGAUCAGAGACUACAGGGAAAAGAAGAAAAUAUUGUUAAAUAUAGAACAUAAGAUAAUGUUAAGAAUGGCUCCGGGUUACGAUCAUCUAAUGCUGAUGCAGAAAGUCGAGGUGUUCGAACACGCGCUCGAGCACACGCACGGCGACGAUUUGGCGCGGUUGCUCUGGUUAAAAUCGCCCUCGAGCGAGGUGUGGUUCGAUCGUCGGACAAAUUAUACCCGCUCUCUCGCCGUUAUGUCAAUGGUUGGAUAUAUCCUCGGUCUCGGCGACCGGCACCCGUCUAAUCUGAUGUUGGAUCGUUUAAGCGGAAAGAUAUUGCACAUCGACUUCGGCGAUUGCUUCGAAGUGGCGAUGACCCGCGAGAAGUUCCCGGAAAAGAUACCGUUUCGUUUAACGCGAAUGUUGAUCAACGCGAUGGAAGUGACGGGGAUCGAGGGCACGUAUAGGAGAACUUGCGAAUCCGUGAUGUCCGUGUUGCACCGUAACAAAGACAGUUUGAUGGCGGUGUUAGAAGCGUUCGUUUACGAUCCGUUGUUGAACUGGCGGUUAAUGGACAACGCCGCGAUGAAGGCAAGAAUCAAAAUUAAGAGGUCCGAUACCCAGGGGAUGAGCGCCAGCAGCAAUCAAGAGCACAGCGACGUGUUCGAUUCUCUCGCUGCGACGUUACCAAAGAAAGGAGUGCCAUGCAGCGUCGAGAAUGGAGGUGAUACUAACCAACCCGAGGCAUUGAAUAAAAAAGCUCUCGACAUUAUAACACGAGUGAGAGAUAAAUUAACGGGACGCGAUUUCUCUCACGAGGAAACGCUCAGUGUCCAACGCCAAGUCGAUCUUUUAAUUCAGCAAGCUACGAACAACGAGAAUCUGUGCCAAUGCUACAUCGGAUGGUGCCCCUUCUGGUAAAUCUAAACUCCGAUAGGCGAGGACCCGAACAUGUAUCAUACGCAGUCUCGUUCCUGUUUUUGCAUUUUUUAUUAUUAAGGUAUAACUAUAUACAUAACGUCUUAUAAUUAGAGCAUACUGUACAUAUAUAAGCUAUAUUAUUACAUUGAUUGUAUAUAAUGUUCAUGUUAUAAUCCCGCUUAUAAAGUACAAUGUACAUUAGGAUGAGCGCACGUUGAAAGCCGCACGGUAAACAAUUACAUUUUUUUAUGUAAACUUGAAAGAGAGAAUGAAUUACUCAGGAAGCUAAGACUACAGUAACAAUAUUUUUUUCUUACCGAUUGUCUUUGUAUUCAUUGUAUAAAGAACUGACUCGAUUUCAAUUUUUACCAUUGCACCGUGCGUUAAAAAUUUAUAUAACGAUUGACUGCACACUUUGACUCAUAAGAUCAACCAAUGUCUUGUCACGAGACAAACGAACAAAAUAGAUUUGGUGAAUUAAAACGAAUAACAAAGUCAA